AUGAAGAUCUUCAGCAUCAUCCCCGUCCUCGCCUCCCUCCCUGCCCUCUCUGCGGCCUACGCCUCAAUCGGUGGCCAGUGCUCUGGUAACUCAUACGACUGCGCAGACACUUACCACAGCAUCGCCGUCUGCAACGGCGCAACCUGGCAGGUUGCUGCCACUUGCGGUGACAAAUUCUGCAUCUGGCCGGCUGGUGAGCUGUCGCCUCGCUGUGAGCCUUAG